AUGCGUCUUUCGUUAACAUUGCUGGCUGCGGUCGUGCCCUCGGUCCUCUCGUGGGGAAACGUCGGCCAUCGUACAGUCGGCUAUCUCGCUGAGAAAUACUUGACGGAUGAAGCUUCAGCCAUCUUCGGCGAGCUGCUUGCCAACGAUCGCAACUAUGACUUUUCCGAUGCAGCAACCUGGGCUGACACGCUGAGAGGUCACAUGGGCUGGGCCAGCAAGUAUCACUACAUCAAUCCUCGCGAUGACCCUCCUCAUCUCUGCGGGAUGAAGUACCCUCAGGACUGCCCCUCAAGCGGCUGCGUCAUCUCAGCUAUCCAGAACUACACCGCCCAAAUCCUCGACACAUCCCUCCCACACAUCAACCGCAAGAAUGCAACAAUGUUCGUUAUCCACUUCCUCGGCGACAUCCACCAGCCCCUCCACGCAACUGGCCUCCUCCGCGGCGGCAACGACAUCCGCCCCGUCUGCUGGCGCCGCCAGCCCAACAACGGCCGCUGCACCGGCCCCAUGAGCCUCCACUCCGUCUGGGACACCCAGAUCCCGCACCGCCUCCGCGGCCUGCCGCCGCACCUGAGCAUCCCCGGGGAGAAGGUGGCCGCCAAGUCGUGGGCGGACGACCUCUUCGCCCGCCACGGCGCCUCGGGCGUCAACACGACGGGCCAGUGCGUCGACCUCGCGCAGAGCGACUGCGCGCUGGGCUGGGCGACGGAGUCGAACGCGUUCGUGUGCUCGCAUGUGCUGAGGCCGGGCCUGUCGUGGCUGACGACGCAUGAUUUGAGCGAGGGGUACUACGACCAGAGCUGGGAGGUUGUCGAUGAGGUUAUCGGCAAGGCCGGGGUUCGGCUUGGCGCGUGGUUGAAUGCCAUCGCUGCGAGGUUGUCUGCCGAGAAGGAGGGGCCGGUGUAUGAGGAGCUUUGA